AUGUUUUAUGCCGACUUCGUUCUAUCGAAAAAAGGCCCCCUUUCGAAGGUGUGGCUUGCCGCUCACUGGGAGAAAAAAUUGUCGAAAGCACAAAUCUUCGAAACCGACGUCGAUGAAGCCGUCAGCGAAAUCAUGCAGCCGUCGGUGAGCAAAUAUUUGUGGCGGAAAAAUCGAUAAAUACAUAUUUUUGCAGCAAAAACUCGCCCUCCGUACGACGGGACACUUGCUCGUAGGAAUCUGCAGAGUCUAUUCGAGAAAGACCAAGUACCUGCUCGCCGACUGCAACGAAGCCUUCCUCAAGAUCAAGCUCGCCUUCCGCUCCGGAAUUCUCGACGCGCCGAAUCCCGUCAAACCGACUUUCAACAUUCAAGACGUGAGUUCUCUUCAAUUCUGCGUGUUCCUCAGCGUUAAAAAAAAAACAAGAAUUACUAUGUAUUCUGCGCGCUAACUUUCGCCAGAAAUUGUGAUUUUCUAGAACGUUAAAAGAAUCGUGCGCUUUCGAAGCAAUUCUUGAUCAAAACCCACGUGCCUAAGACCGGGCCAACGUGUCUGUUCGACGAGGGUCGGACCCGUUGCAACGGUUAGCGCAUCUGCUUCUGUUUCAGAAAUUUCAGAAAGGAAAAAAAACGUGUUGUCCCCAAGCCACUUGAAACAAUUAUUACCCAAUCUGACUUGCAGAUCUACGGAGACUUCGGAGACAAUGUCCUCCCAGAGUUCGACGAUGAAGAGCUCAACCACGCACCAAUCUGUCAGAGCCGCAUCGAUGAUAUCACUCUGAAGGAGGACAUUCCGCAGAGAUUCGACUUCAACAACGGAGGCAUGCUCGAAGUGAGUAAAAUCAGUAAUAACAGUUACUAAUGGUUCCUCCUUCAGGACGAUGACUUCGGAGAAAUCGCCGCCGGUGUUCAGCCAGAGGAUUACUUCCGUCUGAUGGAGGACUGCAACAGAAUGGAUCUCGAGAUGGAGAUGGAGCGGAACGCCACGUCGACCAGCACCAGCUUGUUCGGACGCGAGCGCGAGUCGACUCCGUUCCUCACCGAUGCUCAUGCCUCGGGAAACGCGAUCUUCGGAGACGAUGACCUUGGAGGCAGCUCGCAUCACGACGAUGAGAUGGACGACCGCGACGUUCAGGGAUCUUCGGGCAUGAAUCACACCAACGACAACUACCCGAUUGAGGAUAUGGACUACGACAAUCCGAUCGGCAACAACAGCACGAUGCUCGACCGCUCGAUGACUCCGCUCCGUUCCGAAACUCCGCUCCGUAGCGAGACUCCGAUGUCGUUCCGUGCUCCCAGUCCGACUCUCUCGAUCAACCCGUCUGUGGCGGCGAUGGAACAGGACACGGUCGAGUCGUACUACGCGCGCCAGGCUCAAAAGAAAGCGGCUAAAGUGACGAAGAAAAAGGGCAUGGACGAGAACAUCAUUAUCACCGGAGAAGAAAUGAAGUCGAACAUGGCUGAUCACAGGUGAGAGAGAUGACGUGGAAAAGCAGAGACAUCAAUCUUCUGGGUCAUGAAUACAGUAAAUGACGUGAUUUAAGUUUAGUAGAGGGUGUAAAAUGACGUCUCGGCUUGAGAGGAAACAAUGCUGUUACACAUGAGUCAUCAAGAGAACCAUUGACUGUUGGUUUGUUUCAGAUUUGUGAGGGACUGAAAAGAAACGAUGCCCUUGGAAACGUGGCACAAAACAAUUAAAAAAACAUCUCUCUGAAACGUUCCGUGGCCGUGGCCUAGGAAAUUCAGGUGUCGAAACUUCCCUGCCGGCAAUAUGACGAACUUGCAUUUUGACGGGCGGCUGAUUUGUGUGAAUGUUUGGCAACGUCUGAAGAUUGUGUCAAAUGCACUAUCCGAGUUUAUAAAAACUUUAUUGUCUAUGGAUGUACCGGGCGGAUGUUUAGCCCUUGAUUUACAAAGUACCUGUGCAUUUCGGAUAGACCCACGUGAUUCUUCUCUAGUGCAUUUACAUCCAGCGAUAUGUGUGGCUAUUCUGAAUCUUAUGAAACUUUUACUAUUCAGCGACACUCUGACUCGUCUCGAUCUGGCGCCGCCAACAAAGACGCUGACAAAACUGAAGAGACGUUCGAUGGGCGAGCAUCUUCUCCGUUUUCCGGCCUUGUUCUCGAACAUUAGAGGAAAACCGUAUCUGGAGGUGAGGACACAACUACUUCCCACUUUCAAAUAAAACUUUUUUGUUUCAGUACUACCGUGAUGCGAUGUCGGCAAAGGUCCAAAUUCCAAACACUGAAGACUCGAAGGACUGGAUCAUUGAGGCGGUCGGACUUCGCGAGAUUGGAGAGGCUGAGAUGCAGCAGCAGCAACAAGAGAUGAAUCUCCACGUCCAGGUUGGUGGAACAUCCUACGUUCGGGAGUUAAUCAAUCUGAGGACUUGCUUCGGGUUGCGGACUAGAAAUAUUUGCCUCGGCGCCAUCCCAAGCGUAAUCAAAGAUUUUGUCCAGAAUUCACAGAAAAGUGGUGCUACUAGAGUUUUAAUUGGUACCCAACUUGUCGCAUUAAGGCGGCUCAAUUCUUUUCCAAUUCCCUUGACGACUCUUAGACGUCUCUAAACCAGGCAUUUCAAAACCGUCGGAAACAGUUCAAUUAUUGUUGUUGUUUAGCGAGUAUCCAAAGUUGUUUCUUGAAACCCUUGACGCCAACGUUUAAUGUUGUUUUUCUAUUCACCGUUUCUGACGACUGUAUUCAGACACAAUCAAUUUUAUUAUCCCCCAAUGUCUCUGAAUCUCGUGAAGCCCAAUAACUUGCCGAAACUUUAUCUUCUAUGGAUCGAUGUGUCCUGAUAUUUGCCCCCGGUCUUUUUUGGUAGUAGAAUACGAAUUUCAUGUUUAGAAGUUUCUACAGUACUCAGAAAUAUACGCUAUAGUGCAAAAUCGGUCCAUUUGGUAACACUUUCGGCAUCGCGUCGGACUUAUUGAACAAGAAGAUAACGGCAUACCACAGUGACUUGAAAUCCAGUUCUAUGCAUAGUUUUUGCUCCUGGUCCCUUAUGUCUUUCUAAACCUAGCAGCUAAUGAAUAUCCAGAAGAUGGUCACUCAAUUAGUGCUCGCGUGUCGCAAUAUUAUUUCUGUAACAAAAACUGUUGCGCGAUACCCGCCGGUGCUUUUAGGUGCUCUAUUGAGCCUGCCGCGUGUCAUCCGGCACCUCUGUUGCGUAAGGUGUCGCCGAAACAUGCAUUAGUCGUCCCCCGCGGUGAGGAAGACACCGCCGUCGUACAAGGUGUGAUAUUACCGUACUUAUUUACGCGUGACGAUCACCAUCCCGGUGAGCUGCGCAAUUAUAGUUUUGUGUGGUGCACACAUGCAUUGCGCAAUCCGACCCUCUGAUGAAGAACAAUGGAAGCUGUGCACGCUUGAAUAGGAAUGGCUCAUGGUUUAUGAGUCUCGGACAUUAGUCAUAAAAUUAGGCAAUAUGAGAAAGCAAGGUGGUUUGAUGGUGUGCAGGUCGAUGCUCACUCACCUGUAACACGACACGAUUACGGUUUCAUUCAAACGUCGGCUCUAGUAAUGAAAAUCUGAAAGUCCCUUUGCUCGAAAAAAAGCACCGAUUCUAACACCAGAAUAAUAACAGUACCCUUCCUUUCGUCGACCGUCUGUCAGCGGCACAUCUUCAAAAGUGGGUGCAAAACGAUUAAACACUUAAUUGUAUGUCAAUCCAGUACUUGAGUACCGGAACAUAUGUUCGGCCAACCUCUCGAGCCCCCCAUAUGGAACAUCCCUCUUCUUGACUGCCUUGCUUCCAAGCUGGUGCUACCUGUCCGUUGCGGUUACCACUACUACGAUAGGAUUAUCGUCUCAGAAAGGCAACGCGCGUUGUUGUGUGUUGAGAGACUGACUGGACUGUGUCAAGUGCAAAAUGGUGACACAGUUUUCUUGUCGCUGUGAUGACUAGUAUCGGCUGACUGUGUGCGUGGUAACCGCGUAUCCACUGGCGCGUUAUAAAGCCGCCACCGUAAUCUGCUUAGCACAUCCGAGUUGUUGGCUGUAGAAAUGGGAAUGAGAGAGAAGACAAAAACGUAUUAGAAGGGCAGGAUUUGGAAAAAAGUCAACUUUUUGUUUCAGGAGGAUCCCAUGUUCGCUGAUGACUUCGAUAUGCCGCCUGUCGACAUGGAUGCCAUGGAUCACUUUGAUAUCGACAUGCCACAUCACCAGAUUGAUGACAUCGGCAUGAACAUGGAUGAUGACGUCCCGCAGCACAAUCCACUCUCGCCAUUCGCCACGAUCGCCGAGGAUGAGGAGUUGUCGCCGAGCGACAAGCGCAAGAAGCGAGAUGUAGGUCCCUCGAGCCAAAAGUUUCCCUAGAAUCCCUAUCAUGACAUUAACAUACUUCUUUCGUGAUGCCGCCGCCAAAAAAACCAUGCAUUCCGGCAUUAUGCAUUACCAGAGUGCAAACAACCUCUGGAGGGGGGAAGUAACAAAAGAAAUGUGGUCCAUGAGAAUGUCCGACCCCAAGACCCUUCUCUCUUCCCGAACCGACUCUCUUUGUUGUAGCCGCCGGGCUAUUGUCAUGGCGGUUGGUGGCGAAAGACUGUCUUAUUGAUAUGCAGGAAAAAACCAUGCAUUUGAUUACCCAAUGACCGCAGACUAUAACAUUGACGGUUUCAGGAGGAGAAGGACGAGCCGGAAGUGGACGACGAGAACCGCUGGUCGAAGAGAACUCACGCGCUUCUGCAGACCAUCGCCACGAAGAUCACAAACUCGGACGAUGGAGCGGUAGGUUAAAUCUGAGAAAAAAAAUGGGAAAGGGAAAAGGAGAAGUGUAACUGUCACCGCAUGAGUGAUGGGCAUGAUAGGUAUUUCCUGAGAAACCAAAAAGAAAGCACUUUUCGUCUCGUUUUGUUGCCCUUGAAUGUGUAAUCAUAGGUGUUCAUGUUCCCAUCCAUCACAUCAGCAAUUGAUGAUGGCGCCCCCUCCAUCGCAACCGCCCUCACCUCACACAAACUUUUCAAAAAAAAAUCCCCCCACAAGGAAUUUGAAAUCCCGACUGUUUCAAUCUUGGUUUUGGGAGUGCGGAUUGGGGGAGAGGGCAUCUCGUAGUCGUCGUGUGAAGUGUGAACAUAUGAUGUGCGGUGAAGUGGACGCAAUAGCACUACUGACAAGGACACAUAACUGCCUAUGAAGUAGGUACAUAAGAAAGUGUCUAAGGAUGGAAUAGAAAGAGAGAGAGAGAGGAAAAGAGAGAGAGAGAGUGAGAAGGGCUGCAUGUUUCGAGAAGAUUAGUGGUAGUAGUGGUCAAGAAGGUCUUGUGUCUCGGAAGGAGUCCUCCUCGAACCAAUCCGGAUGAUAAAUCCGCUUGAACUCUUUAAAGUGUCCGUAAGAAACCAACCACUUCACAUCAUUUUAUCCAGACACUGUCUGUUCGGUUCUGGAAUGGAAAUGAAAUGAAAUGAAAUGAAAACGAGGUCAAAAUAUUUGCUUUUUCAUAAGUGACUUUUACACGUCUAACCGGAAAUCUUGAAAUGCCUUCAUUCUCCCCUUCAUUCACUGUUUCGCAACUGAGACGACCAACGAGACUAGGUUAAUUUGAACUCAUGACCUUCUGACUGACUCCUCGGAUGGUUAGACACUGUAUUGACGGGGAAAAGACAGUGCCAUUAUAACCUCUUGAUGUCCUUUUCUGGUCUUGGAGGUCGUCGCACUUCUUAUUUUUUCUCGAGUAGGCACACCGACUCCGAGUAUUCUCUCCAAAUUGUCCGAGUAGUAAUUUGACAUUGUUGCGGUCAGGUCUCGGAACACUUCUUUUUUGGAGGGGAAAAGUAUUAGUAAUACUUUCUGGACAAGACAAACGUUAGGCGGCCCGGAUUAGUCAUAGAGAAAGUCCCCCACCCUAACAAGUGAAAGCAUGAAAGAUACGGUAUGAGCAGAAGGCUUGACACACACACGGUUCUCAAGUGUCGGAAAGUGAUAAAUUAUGCUUUUACGCAACUCGAACAUAAUGUUAAGUAUGUGUCACAACAGUCUGUUCGGUGCCAUAUGUUGCCACCAUUUCUUCACGUGGAAGUGUUGCGCAACCCCUUCCAAAUCCGAUUCUUUAGUAGUACUUGGUCGGUUGCCAAUGUCUUCUUCGCUCAGCCAAAACCGCUGUCAAACUAACAAAGCUUCACCCUGGUCAUCACUUAGCGUAUGCGCAUACAUGAAUACCGGGAGACGCCGUGUAUACGCGCAUGCCUGUGACUUUGAUCCGACAUGAAUAGGUGUGCUGAUUGGUAAACUUUGAAAAUUGAAAUGAAUAGAGUGAUUAUUGGCGGACAAAUGAACUAUUUUCAGAUUGAACUAGACGAUCUGAUGAAGAAGAACACGACUCGCAAGGUGGCGGCCGCCAAGUUCUACUCGCUUCUGUGCCUCAAGAAAAACCAGUGUGUGGACGUGAUUCAAACAGAGCCCUACGGAGAUAUCAGCAUCAAAGCGGGUCCGAAUAUCGAUGUGAACACGAUCUAA